AUGGGCAACCAACAAGAGAAGGAAUAGUCAAGGGAAUUCUUAGAAAGAAAACUUGAUCCCAAUUAUGGAGAGGUUGCUGUCUAUUUAGAUAAAAAUAAUAACCUUACCUUUACUGAAAUUAAGCAUGUUUUAUCAUCUGAUAUAGAUGCAAAAGCUUUGGAAUAAAGUAUUACUAAAAGGUAUAUUGAAAACAAUAUUGAUAGAUAAUAACUGAAUCAUAGAUGCUUAAUAAAAAUAAAGAAGCAUGAAAAGGGAGAGAUUGAUGACUUAUGUAGUUCAUUUAUGGUCUUGUCGAUAACAGUUGAAUAUUACAGUGAGUCAUUAUCCAAUGAUUUUAAACAAAGAAAAAUACAUAGAACAACUUAUACAGAAUAAGAGCUUUUAUAUAUUAUUUUUGAGAUUUCAAAUGUUUGUUAAUAUAUGAAGGAUUAAAAAAAUGAAAUCCAAGACAUUCACCCUCAAAAGGUUUUAAUUGACGAAAAUAGAAAUAUCAAAUAUUUUGAUCAAUUUUUGGAAACUCAAAAGAUCAAUAAUUAUUUUAAGAUUCUCUUUGGUUUAAGAGAUUUGGAAUAUAUUGCUCCUGAAUAACUAAUAUUAUUAAAAGGAGAAAUCAGAACUGAUAGCACAGAUUAAGAACUAGUGAAUGUGUUUUGUUUAGGUCUAAUGAUUGUUAGUUUAAUGAGCGGCAUUAGAUGUGGUGAAUAUUAUAAUUAGGAUACAUUAGAAUAUAAAAGAGAUUUUGUAUCCUAACAAAUUGAUAAAUUUUGUUUGAAACAUUAAUUUUCCAACUCUUUUAAAUAAUUAUUGAGUUCCAUGUUAAAAUUUCACCCUUAAGAUCGUCUAAAUUAUUUAUUAAUUUAAGAUUAACUUUAACCGUAGUCGGACAAUAUUUCCCAUUUUUUGAAUCCUCCUGGAAGAUAAAAAGAAUCGCAAUUUAGUUCAUUCCAUACCUAAGGUUCAGCUAUAAAAUCAUAAGUUUAUUCAGCCACUGCAUUUGAUUUUAACGAAAUAGAUUAAUUGAUUAAGUCAGCAAGAUAAAGAGCAUAGACAACUUUAGAUGAAGUUGGGCUCGACCUAAAACUUAAUGCUUACAAAGGAAGCCAAAUUACAAUUAUCGAUCAGACGGACUGA